UAUAUAUAAGGCCCUUAAUAAGUGCUGAUCAUAGUGGUGCCAAUUGCCAAAUAGACAAAAGAGAGAAAAAAAAAGAAAAAAAAAAACAAAAACUCAGAGCUUCUACUACAGCUACAGGUUUCAUUAACUGAAUUUGCCUUCAUUUUUCUGUACUUCUUUCUUACAUUGUUUAAUUUCAGUGUUGGAGAAAAAAAAAAAAACCUGCAACAUGCCAAACAAAAAUGAAGCUCCUUUUUUCAGUUGGCCAUGGCAGAAUUUGCACAGCUACAAGUAUUUGGUGUACGGUCCACUAGUUGGAAAAGUAGUAUAUUCAAUCCACAAAGGAGAAAUCAAGAAUGACAGUUGGUUCUUUCUGCAUAUUCUCAUAUUAUUUGCACUUAGAGCCCUUAUUCAUCAGCUCUUUAGCACAUACUCUAGUUUGCUUUUCCUUAACCGGGCUCGUAAAAUCAACGAAAACGGCGUCGAAUUCGAUCAAAUCGACGCUGAAUGGCAUUGGGAUAAUUUUCUGAUACUUCAAGCUGCAGUUGCUUCAUUACUGUACAUGAGUUUCCCUUCAUUAAAUAAUUUUCCGAAGUGGGAUAAAAACGGAAUCUUUAUCUGCAUCGUACUCCACAUCGGAAUCUCGGAGCCGCUUUAUUACUGGAUUCAUAGAUUAUUACAUUCGCCGAGCUUGUUUCACAAGUACCACUAUCUCCAUCACACCUCCAAAGUUCUUCAUCCUUUCACCGCUGAAUACGCGACGUUCUUGGAACAUAUACUACUUUGUUUAGUUGUAGGAAUUCCGAUCGUGGGGUCCGCUUUGAUCGGAUACGGAUCGAUGAGCAUGGUUUACAGUUAUCUCUUGGUUUUCGAUUUUCUUCAAUGUUUGGGCCACUGCAAUAUUGAAGUUUUCCCUUUUCGAUUGUUCGAUGCUUUUCCUCUGCUCAAGUAUCUUAUCCGAACUCCCACAUACCACAGCCUUCACCACACAAACAUGGGAACAAAUUUUUGCCUAUUCAUGCCAUUCUAUGAUCACUUAUGGAAGACAACAAACACCAAUUCUUGGGAUCUUCAGAGAGAGAUUAGUUCAAGAAAACAUAGCAGAGCGCCGGAUUUUGUGUUUCUUGCGCACGUGGUGGAUGUUAUGUCGGCUAUGCACGCGCCGUAUGUUUUCCGAUCGUUCAGCUCGAUGCCGUUCAGCAUAAAGGCGUUCUUGUUUCCGAUGUGGCCGUUUACUUAUUUGGUGAUGCUUGUUAUGUGGGCUAAGUCUAAGACCUUCUUGUUUAGCUCUUACAAUCUCAGAGGGAGAUUGCAUCACACUUGGAUUGUCCCAAGAUUCGGCUUCCAGUAUUUCUUGCCAUUUGCUAAAAAAGGAAUAAACAAACAAAUAGAAGAUGCAAUCCUCAAAGCAGACAAACUUGGAGUUAAGGUUAUAAGCCUUGCUGCACUAAAUAAGAACGAAGGUCUAAACGGAGGUGGAACACUCUUUACGAACAAACACCCGAACCUUAAAGUAAGAGUCGUUCACGGGAACACACUCACGGCUGCUGUCAUCUUACACGAGAUUCCUCAAAACGUAGACGAGGUUUUCUUAACGGGGGCCACUUCUAAGCUCGGUAGGGCCAUCGCUCUCUACCUCGCUCGUCGAAAUGUCAAAGUCUUGAUGCUAACUCUUUCGACAGAGAGAUUCACCAAGAUUCAGAAAGAAGCACCUAUUGAAUGUCAAAAGUAUUUAGUUCAAGUUACUAAGUAUCAAGCUGCUCAGCAUUGUAAGAAUUGGAUAAUCGGAAAGUGGACGACGCCGAGAGAGCAAUAUUGGGCACCGAAAGGGACGCAUUUUCACCAGUUUGUGGUGCCACCAAUUAUACCAUUUAGAAGAGACUGCACUUAUGGUAAAUUAGCUGCAAUGAAACUCCCUAAUGAUAUUCAGGGACUUGGAUCGUGUGAGUAUACAAUGGAAAGAGGGGUGGUUCAUGCAUGCCAUGCAGGGGGAGUGAUUCAUUUUCUAGAAGGUUGGAAACAUAAUGAAGUUGGAGCUAUCAAUGUUGAUCAAAUUGAUGUUGUGUGGAAAGCUGCACUCAAACAUGGCCUCAAGCCCAUAUAGAAUUUCAAUUUAUAUAUAUAUAUAUAUA